AUGUCUGGGGCCAACAGCUCCAGCCUGACCCCAGGGUUCUUUAUCUUGAAUGGUGUUCCUGGGCUGGAAACUGCUCACAUCUGGAUCUCUCUUCCAUUCUUCUUCAUGUACAUCAUCGCUGUGGUGGGGAACUGUGGGCUCAUCUACCUCAUUGGCCAUGAGGAGGCACUGCAUCGGCCCAUGUACUAUUUCUUGGCCCUGUUGGCUUUCACAGAUGUCACCUUGUGCUCCACCACUGUACCCAAUAUGCUGUGCAUAUUCUGGUUUAACCUCAAGGAGAUUAAAUUUAAUGCCUGCCUCUUCCAGAUGUUUUUUGUACACAUGUUGACUGCGAUGGAAUCUGGGGUGCUCAUGCUCAUGGCGCUGGACCGCUACGUGGCCAUCUGCUACCCCUUACGCUAUGCCAUCAUCCUCACCAACCCUGUGAUUGCCAAGGCUGGUUUUGCCACCUUCUUGAGGAGUGUGAUGCUCAUCAUGCCAUUCACCUUCCUCACCAAGCGUCUGCCGUACUGCCAGGGCAAAGUCAUUCCUCACACCUACUGUGACCACAUGUCUGUGGCCAAGUUAUCCUGUGGCAAUUUCAAGAUCAAUGCUAUUUAUGGUCUCUUGGCAGCUCUCCUGAUUGGAGGCUUUGACAUGUUUUGCAUCUCAGUAUCUUACACAAUGAUCUUGCGAGCAGUGGUGAGUUUAUCGUCAGCAGAUGCUCGUCAUAAGGCCUUCAGCACCUGUACUUCCCACAUAUGUGCUAUUGUCAUCACAUAUGUUCCAGCCUUAUUCACUAUUUUUACUCACCGUUUUGGGGGGAAAAGCAUUCCCCACCAUGUCCAUAUCAUUAUUGCCAAUCUUUACUUGAUGUUGCCUCCUACCUUGAACCCCAUUGUUUAUGGAGUCAAGACUAAGCAGAUCCGGGAAGGAGUUAUCAAAUUAUUCCUUAGGGAGAAAGAUAUCUUAGCUAUGAAAUAG